AUGCUCUAUCAGAGCGUUGCUACCGUGGCAUCGGAUCUCUGGCCUUCAAUGACAAGCCUGCUGGCCACUCCUUUCAGGUCGGCCGGUCGAAUUCCGGCCAAAACCAACGCCCUUCGGACCACAUCAUCUAUAUCUAUUCUCGCUGCUCGGUUAUACUCGACUUCGACUCCUUUCCGCCUUACCUCUCUACGUGCGGUACCCAAACUCAACGGUCUCUCGAGACUCCAGCAGCAACGAUUUUUGUUUGGAGGUUCCUGGCACCAUGUGCUAGCCCAGAAGGAAAAGGUCGCGAACAACAGCCCGACCAACGUCGAUGCUCAGAAUGCUUUUUACACAGCCCUCCUGCGCGCCAAAAUGCCCGCUAUCGUGAUCGAACGACACCGAAGCGGUUACUUUGCGAGUGAUAUCACAACGGAGUCAUUGGUCCAACAAGCCCAGUCCAGCGUCGGUGGCGACGCUUCAGCUUUCAGCGGACCGAACCAUAAUCUGACACCUGAACAGCUUCAGGCUGUUGGCCAAGCGGUCGCUGCUCGCGCCACUGGUAGUCAAAUCGGAAUGGGAGGAAAGCAGGGCACUGGUGCCAAGGAUGCUCCCCUUUAUGUCGUCGUUGACGAGUCUCUGGGAAGCACUGUGUUCCGCUGGGUUAAAUUCUUGCUUAUCUUCGGCUUUUUUACAUAUAUCUCUCUGGUCACGGUCACUAUCCUUGUUGAAACUACUGGUGUCCUGAAGAACGUUCGCGGUGCGCAGGACAAAGAAGCUCAACCGGAGGAACAAACCGCUCGGUUCAGUGAUGUUCACGGCUGCGACGAGGCCAAGGACGAGCUGCAGGAGCUGGUAGAAUUCCUCCUCAACCCGGAACGUUUCUCUUCCCUCGGUGGUAAGCUGCCCAAGGGUGUUCUCUUGGUCGGUCCUCCCGGCACUGGUAAAACAUUGCUUGCGCGAGCUGUUGCUGGCGAAGCCGGUGUUCCCUUCUUCUACAUGUCUGGCUCUGAAUUCGACGAGGUCUAUGUCGGCGUGGGUGCCAAGCGAGUUCGUGACUUGUUCGCCCAGGCCCGUGGCAAGUCUCCCGCUAUCAUCUUCAUUGAUGAACUAGAUGCCAUAGGUGCUAAGCGCAAUGAGCGCGAUGCUGCCUACGUGAAACAGACGCUCAACCAGCUGCUUACCGAGCUUGAUGGAUUCUCUCAAAGCACCGGUGUCAUCAUCAUUGGUGCUACCAACUACCCCCAACUGCUUGACAAGGCAUUGACUCGCCCUGGUCGUUUCGAUCGCCGUGUCGUGGUCGACCUCCCGGAUGUCCGUGGCCGUAUGGACAUUCUGAGACACCACAUGAAGACGAUUCAGUCCGGUACGGAUGUUGACAUCGGCGUUAUCGCGCGAGGAACUCCAGGCUUCUCUGGUGCUGACCUCGAAAACUUGGUUAACCAAGCUGCCAUCCAUGCCAGCCGCGACCGCAAGACUAAGGUUGGAUCGUUUGACUUUGAUUGGGCCAAGGAUAAGAUCAUGAUGGGUGCCGAGGCACGCAGUCGUUUCAUUCAGGAUAAGGACAAGCUUUUGACUGCUUAUCAUGAAGCUGGUCACGCCCUUGUUGCCCAUUUCUCUCCUUCCUCUACCCCACUUUACAAGAUUACCAUUGUUCCCCGUGGUAUGGCCCUUGGUAUCACCCACUUCUUGCCUGAAAUGGACACUGUUUCAAGGAACUACACCGAAUAUCUGGCAGAUAUUGCUGUCUCUAUGGGUGGCAAGGCUGCGGAAGAGCUGGUGUUUGGCCACGACAAAGUUACAAGUGGAAUCUCCGCUGACAUCCAAAGCGCCACCGAAACAGCAUUCACACUGAUCACCCGAUUCGGAUACUCCAAAAAGCUCGGCAACGUCGAUCUGUCAACCAACUACGACAGUUUGUCUUCCGAAACCAAGCAAGAAAUUGAAGGUGAAGUGCGACGUCUUGUGGAGGAAGCUCGUGACCGGGCGACCGCCAUCCUCACCGAGAAACGCAAGGAACUCGAGCUCUUAACAAAGGCUCUAAUCGAAUACGAGACAUUGACGAAGGAGGAAAUGGAGAUGGUUUUGAAGGGCGAAAAACCCAACAGACUAGAGUCCCUCCCCAGCGCGCCGUUGAAGCUCCCCGAGGCCCUUCGUUCAGCCAAUUUCAACCCCUCUGUGGCAGCACGGCCACCCGCGGAGGAAUAA